GUAGCACUGGGCCACAGCGCUAUCAGUUCCUGUUACUGCCGCAAACUCAUCGCAGAGGCGACUUCUGUUUUCUUCUACAUUAGAAACUGACGGUUUGUCAAAGUCGGAUGUAGAAGCCAUCUUUUCUAGCUACUAGUUUUACGUAUAGAGUUACACGGGAAUAGAGUUAAAUGCAAACAUUAGUCAAUAUUUUUCUCUGCAAGUUAUCUCAGGUGUACCAGUGAAAGGCGUCCGGGGGAAUUUGCUAAUUAGGUUACAACAAAUCGCAGAGCAGCAAACUGUACUUUGUAUGAUUGAAAGUUAACAACUCUAGGUUACCUGUACAGUUACUAAUGAAUAUCAUCAUAUUGUUAUUAUUGUGGUGCUGUUUACUUUCUUAACCGAACUUACAACACAUCUAGCUAGCAGAUUGACAUAGGCAGAUUGACUUCAAGUUCCGCCCGGACAAUUUAUCGAACACAACAGUUUCCGGUGGGAAGUAAACAGAAGUUUGACAUUGGUCGCAAUUUACUAAUGUUAAAUAUGGUUUCGCUGUCUUUAAAUUCGUUAAAACAAAUAAUGAGAGCAAUGGUAGAUAAUCCAGGCUUCGACAGAGUCCUGAGCAAGGUGGACGUUUUGUCUGCCAGCCCAGGUAAGGUGGUGUGUGAGAUGCGGGUAGACGAGGAGCACACCAACCGGGGAGGGACGCUACACGGCGGGUUGACAGCCACUCUGGUCGAUGUCAUCUCCACCAUGGCUAUCAUGUACACUGAGAGGGGAGCACCAGGAGUCAGUGUGGAUAUGAACAUAACAUACAUGAAUGCAGCCAAGAUGGGAGAGGAUGUACUCAUUACUGCUCAGGUUCUGAAGCAAGGACGGACGCUGGCGUUUGCCACUGUGGACCUCACCAACAAGGCCACAGGGAAGCUUAUAGCACAAGGGAGACACACUAAACACCUUGGCGGCAGCUAAACUCUCUAAAUCAGAUAUCAUGUAACGAUACUGUCAAAACAAGGGACUGAGUGAAUAUGUAAACUAACCUUUGCCUGUAGUUUGCAAAACUGACUGUACAAAAAAAAAUGUAAUCAACAGUGGGGAAUACUUGUCACGGCUGGUUACUUAAAUAUUUGUUACCACUGUUGCAUAUUUGUUGUCGAACAGUUACAGAAAAAACUGAUACAGUAGCUGUAUGGUCAGAGUCAAUCCUGACCUAAUUAUUGUAUCAAUGGUACUGCUUCAUGCACAUGCAAUAAAACAAAGACAAGAGUUAUGCUUUCAGAAUUUGCAUUGUAUUGGGAUAUGCUCAGCAGUAUUGAUUUGAGAUUCAACAGAAAAAACCCAGAAGUUACACACCUUAUACCCUUUUAACUGAACACACUGAAUCAACAAGGAGCAAAAUUAUAUGCUAUGUACUUUAUAUUCUUUGACAAGCAAGCCUGCAAAACCCAAUUUUAAUUUGAGCAUGGAAGCAAAUUAACAUUUUAGUAGGUCAAAUUAAACAAAUCAGUUAGCUUUCAGCAACUUUUGUUAGGCAAGUUAAACAUUAAGUAUGUCACCAUUUCAGUUUAUCAGCAACCCACAUCCCAAAUAAAACAAAACAUAAAACAUCAGAUUUCAGUAGCUUAAACAUAUGGAGCAUGAAUGGUGACAAUGACCUUCAACAUUUAACCAACAUGUCUCAACUUUGUGUACAAUGCCUUUCAAGUCACUCAAGAUUUUAGCAAAGGCCUGCCUAGCAUGUUUCAGAGGAAAGCAAAUGACAGCAAAACAUUUUUUUUCAAAGUCCAGCAAAAAAACUAAGGCGGUUUUUAAGAAGCAAUACCUACACCAUAUGAUUUGACAAAUAUUGUUCAUCUUGUUUUCUUUGCUUAUACAGGUAUUAUAACACCUAUUCACACCUAUCCUUGGUCAAAAGAUUGUGUAAAGUUGUUCUAGAAACCCCAUUGCCAUUACAAACAAGCUUUAGCAAUCCUUUCUUAUGACAACAAGGAUAUAAAACAUGUCCAUCUGA